CAGCCGAAGGGGCGUGGCCGGAAGUGGCGGCGGCCCGGCCGAAUUCGGCGGCGCCACGUCUGGUUCGGUGCUCCCUUCCCUGCCUGGGGCGGCGGCGGGAGCGGGCGGACGCGGCCGGACCCUCUGCUCUCCCUCAACAGCCGGUUGGUAGUGAGGCCUUGGCAGUAGCCGGGCGCGGCGGCGGCAUGUCGGACCUGGGGGACUGGUUCCGGAGCAUCCCGCCGAUCACCCGCUACUGGUUCGCCGGCUCCAUCGCGGUGCCGCUCAUCGGCAAGCUGGGCCUCAUCAGCCCCGUCUACCUCUUCCUCUGGCCCGACGCCUUCAUCAACCGCUUCCAGAUCUGGCGGCCCAUAACUGCAACUUUCUUCUUCCCUGUGGGACCUGGAACAGGAUUUCUCUACUUGGUGAAUUUGUAUUUCUUGUAUCAAUAUUCCUCACGAUUAGAAACAGGGGCUUUUGAUGGAAGGCCAGCAGAUUACAUGUUCAUGCUUCUGUUUAAUUGGAUCUGCAUUGUUAUAACUGGCUUGGCAAUGGACAUGCAGUUGCUGAUGAUUCCACUCAUCAUGUCAGUACUUUAUGUGUGGGCCCAGCUGAACAGAGACAUGAUUGUAUCGUUUUGGUUUGGAACAAGAUUUAAGGCCUGUUACCUUCCAUGGGUUAUUCUGGGAUUCAACUACAUCAUUGGUGGAUCAGUCAUCAAUGAGCUGAUAGGAAAUCUGGUUGGACACCUGUAUUUCUUCUUAAUGUUUAAAUAUCCGAUGGAUUUGGGAGGAAGGAAUUUUCUGUCCACACCCCAGUUCCUGUACCGCUGGCUGCCAAAUAGAAGAGGAGGAGUGUCGGGGUUUGGUGUUCCACCCGCUAGCAUGAGAAGACCUGCAGAAGAUCAACAGGGUGGUGGAAGACACAACUGGGGCCAAGGUUUCCGGCUAGGUGACCAGUGAAGAACUCCUGCCCUUGGAAAACAGCAACUCUGGUUUUAAUUGGACGUAGGACUGACCCUUCCUGGUGCAGGGCAUGCUUAAGAACUGAGCUCUCUGUAGUACUGUUGGAUUUAACUGAUUAGAAUGAAUGUUUCUGGUUCAAGAGAAAAUUAAAAACCUCCAGAAGGGAAAAACGUAGAUCUUGUUCCAGGUUAGCCAGUAGUGUCCAAUUUGAUUCUGCCAUUAAAAAAAGCUUUCUUUGUACAGUAUUUUCUGUCUGUCACAACAGGCAUCCAUUAUGCUGUCUUGUUCCGUGAUGUGAUGGAACAAGGUGAUGGUGUUCUGUCUCUCCUGGUACGUUAAAAGCUUUGUUGACAGUGGUAAGGUAAGAAUCCAAUGUGAGACAGAUGGAUCAAACUAACCCCAAAGUUUAGGAAGUUGACUUUUUCCAUAGCUGUGCUUAAGUCCCAGGGUCUUUGGAAACACUAUUUAAGUGAUAUCUCUGCUGCAUUCAUAAAGCUAAGUGCAAAUGUUUCACUUCCAUUAUUAAGCUGUAUUUUGAGGGGAGUUUUUUCUUGCCAUGCAGCAUUUGUCCUGCCUGAUACAGCACGGGAUGGGCAAGACUAAGGAUAAGAGGGCUUUCAUUUGAAAUGGCAGUAACAGAUAUUCACAGAAUUGGAAUCUCUGAACUCUUCAUGGCAUGUUUCGAGGCUUUAAACUGAAGUUGUCUGGUUUGUUUUUUUUCUGAGAUCUGUGAAUCCUUGGCUUCAAGGCUUCUAUUUUGAUGGCAAAAUUGGGUAGCACAAAUACUACUUAAGCUAGAAAAUGUAACAUGUCAUUGUGGUUAAUGUAAAGGGUACUGACCGCAGCAUUAUGUUUGUUAAUGAAUCUUCAACUUUCUCUUAAAAGCUUUAAGACAUCAAAGAAUCAAAGCUGGAAAUAAACUUUUCAAGGGUCAAGAUACAAUAGAGCAGAUUGCUUUACUAACUACAAGCCUCUUUGUCAAAUAAGAAAUUAUGUACACUGUUUAUUAGUAUCUGUAUUUUUUUGGUAAAACUUUUUGACACGGAGAAGGGAAUGAUUCUGUACAGUAGUUUGCCCACAGGAACCUGGUGUGAGGAAGAGCACAGGGCUAAGAUCCAGGAAGCUGUAAUGUUAGCUCGUUACUGGCUCACCACAUGGACGUGAGCAAACUUCUUACUUAUCUCAGUUUUCCCAGACGUAAGGAGGACUCAUGCAUGUCUCAUAGCGUUCUAAAAGGUAGCUGUCCCCAGCUCCCCUAGGUGGGAGCUGCUAGUGAGCAAGGUAAGGCUUAGGUUCGCAUAAACGGCAACACUUAAGCUAGGAAUGCAAUUACUCUAAGCUUAACCAAGACUUCUAAGUUGGAAUAUAGUUGCUCCCUUUUCAUUUUAUAGUUGGAGGAAGAAGAGCACCAUCACUAGGAUGAGAAUCAAGACUGAAUUUCCUUUUAGCGUUUGUCUUUUUACUGGGUAGGUAGGGCACCAAAGUCUGUUCUGCACCAACUUAGGUAUCUCAGGUAUCUGUAAGUAGGUGAAGUGAAUCUGGGCCAAAACAUUUUUAUUACUAUUUUGAUUCUUCACUAAACCUGGGUUCUGAAGGUUUAAAAACUUGUAAAUACUAUGUGAUGUGAAACUGAGUGGAAAAUAAGCAGUUGGACUGGGAAGUUUUCAGCUGGUUUGAUUGAAAAUGCAUGUCCAUUUCUUCACUGCAACUCAACUUUGUUGAUCCAGCUUGUAGAAAACUGGUAAAGAUCAUAUUGUGGGCUUAGAUUUUACAGGAACUUGGAGUUCAGAAAUCACCUGCCAUUUUUGUAUAUUCAGGUAAGUUUUAAAGAUGCUGUUUUUCUUUGUGUAAAAUGGUAGGUAGAAAAGAGGACUGCAGUGUUGCAAAUACCGAUCUAUCAUUGACUGACAGCUGUUAUUUGAUGCCAACUUGAAAAGUCUGAGAACCACUGUUUUAAUGGGAGUCAUGAUGCAGCUGGCCUUUUUCAUCAUAGCAAUAUCACUGUCUCAAAAACAUUUGUCUUCAUUUUGAGCCAGGACGUAACUGUACGUAGAGGUGCAGUAGUUUGUGACUCAGCUGUAACCCUGGCACACUCAAAUCGCAGAGCAACUUUGUACAGAAGGCCAGAAGAAUGGCAAAAGUCAUUGUCCUGGCCCAGUGCACUAUGCUGGGUCUUGCUUUCUAGUGCAUCCUCCUUCUAUAAAUUAAGAGGAAAAGGUUUGCAAGGCAAAUAGGCUUCUGAUUAGUCUUGAUUAGCUUUUGAGCUGCUUCAAGUCAAUUUACUUUGGUUUAUGCAAAAUUCACUUCAGAAUUCCAUAUUACGAGCUCAGUUGGUUUUUUCUCUCACUUGUCACUUGACCCGAAGCACUGUUUGUCCACCAGCAUACACUGACAAUGGCAGUCUUUCAUUAAAUGAGUACCUCCUUUCUUAUUUUGUACAGAUAAUUUCCCUUUUUGUAAUCAAUUUUUGUUGGCAAAGUUUUAAAUUAAAGUUUUAAUCUCUG